UUGGAUUUAGGCUUGUAACGUCGCCGACCUGCUGAAGUUAGUGCUAACGAAUGACGCUACAGCUAAGAAAACCCCCCGUGGGGCACAAUUAAAUUAGAGACACUUGCGCUACAGUUACAGUGGAACCACCUAUACUAAUUCAACCAUCAGCAUCUAAGACUUCUACUACUUGAACAAAACAUCUUCGACCUAGGGCUUUGUUAAUCUUAGAUCCUCGUAACAGAUACAAACAAUUACUAGAAAACAGACAGUAUGGCUCGGGUUUCUACUUUAAGAAUGAGCCCGACGUUGGAUCCCGCCGUCUAAGAAACUGCAAGAUCUAGCGGGGACAGACGCAUUCAUGACAUCAGCACUACGGCUUUCUAUCAACAAUACCUGGAGUAUAGACCGUAAUGGUUCACAAUGGUGGAACUGAAUGGGUAGAUGUAACUCAGCGAGUAACUAUUAUAUAUCAUUGUGUAUAGAGCUAUAGGUAAUACCGACGUAUCUUUCAAUUUGUCGUACCUAUAAUCUUUGCGAUCUCACGGCUUCGGUUGUCGUACCGAUUCAUAACUAUCGGAAACGCAUCUCGGGUGGCGAGAUCAACUAUAUAAAAGCUGGGGAUCACAAGUAGAUAAUAACCUAGACCCCCAAGUCGAAUGAAAAGAUCCAAUCAAGCCCUUAUUACAAUAUAUAUAAAACCAUGGCAACAAACUCAACGCCCUCAGCCAUUCCCGGUGGCCCCCUCUCAGCAGAGGACAAAGUCCUCGAGACGGGCGCAUCUCUAAUCCAAGACUUCCAACCCACGAAACAGCUCUGCGCUCACUUAAACGCCUUCCAUACAUACGCCGACGAGCCAGGACGCUACAUCGAAGCGAACCACUACUGCGCUCACCUAACCGAAGACGUCCGUCAAUGCAUCCUGUACGACAGUACCAGCCCCAACGCCCGCCUCAUAGGAAUCGAAUACAUGAUAACGCCCACCCUCUACCAAACCCUGCCCCCCGAAGAGCGCAAACUCUGGCACUCACACGUCUACGAAGUGAAAUCCGGAAUGCUAAUCAUGCCCGGACCAACCACCGUUCCCGGCAUGCAGCAAGCAUGGGAAGCAGCCGAGACGCAGGAGAUGAAGCACGUAAUCGGGCUUUACGGAAAAGUAUAUCAUUUAUGGCAGACCGAUCGCGGUGAUGCUUUACCGCUUGGCUCGCCGAAAUUAAUGACUAGUUUUACGGCGGAUGGACAGUUUGAUUUUGAGAAAGCUGUGGGUGAGCGGGACGCGAGGUUUGGAAGUGAUUGGAGGCGGAAAAGGGGGUUGAGGGAGGGUAUUGAAGUACCGAAGAUUCAUCAUGAUGCUGAUUUCGCUUGGAAGAGGCGGAAUUCUAUGUAAAAAGGGGUCGUCACUCAAAUCACCAAUCAACUUUCUGCCUAGUUUUUAACUCAAAAAUAUACUCCAUAAGGGAGUGUGUAUUAGGAGGAGGCAUCGAAAGAAGCCAGGC